AUGGCUACCCUCCACGAUGCCCUUCAAUGUCUCAAGCCAACAUCCUGGGACGUAGUCCCCCAAACGCCCGACGAACUGCGAGAAUACGUGCGCGAUAUCUUCAAAGAUAGCCGUCUUGUCGCCGAAUCACUUCCAGACCCUCCACCCUACGAAGAUGCAAAUGGAGAUCCCCCUUCUACUACACAUUCCGCCCGCGUCGUGCCUUCGGCCGCACGAGUCGGCGAGACAGAUCCGGAGAUCACCUCUCUGCAGAAGCAAUGGGGCAAGCCGCUGAAAAUGGGUGGGCCAAGGGAUAACCCUCUCGGCGUGACCGUGUGGAAAUUAUCCGCGAACGAUGGGGGCGGGUCGUGGUUUGGACGACGGAGUGUUCAUAGGGGUCUUCCUUAUGAGCGAUGGCAAGAGAAAAUGUCAUCUGAAUACGAUGAGACGCUUAAGCUCAAUCGAAAGAAGAUUGACAAGGGUCAAACACCUGAUGAAUGUAUUCGCGGUAUCGGGGCCGAAGAGAAGGUUGAAUCAAUCGAGGUUAAGGACGAGGAUGGAUCUGUCCUGGGCCAGGUCACGGUCUAUCAUGUAUCGGCUCAAUUCCCCAAACCUACUGCCCCACGCGACUUUGUGGCUUUGAUCAUUACCUCAGAGGCUGCAUUGCGAGUUGGUGGAACCAAACAGCCCGGUCGGAGUUGGAUGAUGAUUUCCAAGCCAGUUGAACACCCCGAUGUGCCGCAUAAGAACGGAUAUACCCGGGGCGAGUAUGAAUCUGUGGAACUAAUUCGUGAGAUUCCGCGAAAGAGCAGCGAUUCGGUCAACGAUGAAGAUGCUAAGAAGUCGGAUAAGGAUGCAUCGGGGGACGACGAUGAUGAAACGAACCCCAUCGAGUGGAUUAUGGUCACUCGAAGUGAUCCGGGUGGGAGCAUUCCUCGAUGGAUGGUGGAUAAAGGCACGCCUAGGAGUGUUGGUGCCGACGCUGCCAAAUUUGUCGACUGGGCCAGCAAGGACGAAAGCCCUGAGAAAAAGUCGUCGGACAACUCUAGUCAAAAAUCCCAAGAUGCCACCAAGUCUGACGCUGAUAGUGUCAAUUCCGAUGACUACCACUCAUAUUCGGACUCGGACUCAGAAUCAGACUCUACUGAGACCGACGCCCAGUCUCACCACGGCCUAAUCGCAAGUGUCACUGGUCUGCUCAACACUGGUAUUGAACGGUUUGCGCCCCAAUCAGUGCUAGAAUACAUACCGCAUCACCAUCAACUAUCUUCCGAUACUCCCAUUGAGAAUCAGACGUCUAGAUCGAGCACUCACGAAGCUCCAACGUCGCAUCCGAGACAAUCCAGCUCUCCCGGCGAUACCAAGUCAACGCAGAGCCGCGAGCCAGACCAAGGCUCUUUGUCUUCAGUCCAGUCUGAAGAGAAUAUACCAGGACUCGAGCACAACAAUCUACCCCCAGCCGAACUCAUAAAAAUGACCAAAGCCGGCAAACUAAGCCACCACGAGAAAGAGCUCGCAAAGCUCGCCCUACGCAAACGCGAAAUCGACGCAAAGCUUGACACCGUCCGCUCAGAACUAGAGAAACUCCAACUCCCCUCGCAAAGCAAUCCAUCCACGCCCUUGAAAGGCGUCUUUGAUCUCGCAGAUAGCAGUGAUCAGAGCGGUAUGCUCAAAAAGCCAUCAGACAAGCGCGCCUCAACACCCGCCAGCUUCGCAACUCAGAAAAGUCAGCAAGCGAGUAGUAGUGACGGGCAGUCAUCGUCACAGACGAAGACGGCACAGAAAUCAGAGUCAGCACUCCCUGUGCAUAAGGUUGCGUCGCAGCUUUUCAGCGAGGAAGCCAAGCUGCUCAAACAGUUGCGCAAGGUUGAGGGUAGCCAGUUGAAGGUUGCGUCUAAGAUUGAAGAGAGGCGAAAGAAAGAAAACGAGAAAUUAAAGUCAAAAUCCGAGGAGAGAAUGAAAAAGGAAGCGGAUCGAGAGGAGAAGUCCAACUCCAAGUCUGAUGGAAAACUGAAGAAGGAAGCGGAUCGGGAAGAGAAAUCAAAGUACAAGGCUCAGGCGGAGAGUCUUAAAGCUGAGGUGAAGGAUCUAAAGAAGGAAAUCUCCAAGUUGCGGGACGACAGACAGAAGUGGAUUGAUUUGGUUGCUUCGUUGCAGGCGGAGAAUACCAAGUUGGCCGCAGCGUCUGGUGAUGACUGA